AUGGUUGUAGAGUUGUGGCUAGUGAGACAUGGCGAGACGCUUUGGAACGCCGAUAAAAGAAUUCAAGGCCAAAAGGACAUAUCUUUAAGUGAGAAAGGUCGCGGACAGGCUGUACUUUUAGCUAAGCGAUUGAGCGCUCUCAAAAAAAAUGGACUUUUGUUUGAUAAAAUUUACUCUUCGGAUCUUUGUCGUGCUUAUGAAACAGCUUGCAUUUGCUUUCCUCAAAGUUCCUUAACUGAGGAUGAAGAGCUUAACUUAUUUAAUCCUGCAGAACAAGAAAUUUUAAAAGACCAACGAUUGAGGGAAUUAAACUUUGGUCAAUUCGAGGGGAAACUUUAUCUUCAACUAAGCAAAAAGGAGCGUAAACAAUUGCCACAAUUAUCAUUAAUGCCUUGCGAGGUACGAGCCCCUGACGGCGAAUCUACUGAGGAAUUUAAAGCAAGAGCGUUAGAUUGGUUAAGGUCCCUUCCAUCUCCCGGCCGUUUUAUUGCAUUUACGCACGGUGGAUUUAUAACUACUGUUCUUAACAUUUUUAUUGGCGGAUCUCAUAAAAAUGCUUAUAGUGAUUCUUUUAAUGGAAGUCACAAUCUGAAAAAUUUACCAGCCUGGAGAUUCAAAAUCGACAACACUGGAAUAACAAAAGUUCGCUUUUAUAUGGGCAGAUAUGCAGUUAUAGAAACCCUCAACGAUGUUUCUCAUUUGGAACUUCUUGGAGAUUAG